AACUGUUGCAGUCAAUGUUAUUGACUGCAACAGUUUUUGGCAUUCUUCCAAACAUUACGCAAAUUGUAGUAAAUGCGUUGUUUUCCGUGCAAGCUUAUCAGCUCAAGAUUAAUUGUAUUCAAUAACACCAUAUUUAUUGGUAAUGUUCAGCGCACGCUUAUAAAAAUGUAACGUUACGAAUGAGUGGAAACGACUAGAUUAAUAAAGCGCAGGCGGGUUUGAUACCUGCGAUUGGGAGCAGAGUGAGAGCUCGCCUCUCUGGUAUCAUCCGCCACCUCUAGCUUCUCCUCAACACCGCUGAUGGCCGAUCCAUUCAUUGACCACAGCGAGUAGAUGUUGCAUAUGAGAUAACAUUACGAUAAACUUUGGAUGUUUGGCCUAGUGAGUUAGUAUGCAGUCACCCGUGGACGACGUUAGCAUCGGACGGCAGCUCGCUCGGUUAACGUUAACGUUACCGUUUAUAUGUUUGCCAAUGACAGUUAACGGGCACAGACUCUAACGUGACCUCAUCUCGCCAGCAGCGACACUUUUAUGACCCGAGUUGAACUCAUCGCUCCCCUGUAAGGUAUCUGUGAGAAAGAGAAACUUCUUGAACACCAUGGCCCCACACCCGGUGGUCCAGGCCGUUAUUGACCUCUCGGCAGGAGCCGUAGGGGGAGCUGCAGCUGUCUUUAGUGGGCAGCCUCUAGACACAGCAAAGGUCAAGAUGCAGACCUUUCCUACUCUGUACCGGGGUUUUAUCCAUUGCAUCUCGUCCACCUACAGACAAGUGGGUCUGAUUGGUCUCUACCAGGGCACCACACCGGCACUAGUGGCCAACAUCGCAGAGAACUCUGUGCUCUUCAUGAGCUACGGCUUCUGCCAGCAGGUCAUCCGUGUCACGGCUGGACUGCACAGUGAAGCUGUGCUGAGUGACAUGCAAAAAGCCUGUGCUGGCUCAGUGGCAUCCAUCUUCUCCUCGCUAGUACUCUGCCCCACCGAACUCGUCAAGUGUCGGCUGCAAGCCAUGUAUGAAAUGGAGGCAUCGGGCAAGAUUGCUAAGAGCCAGAACACAGUGUGGUCGGUGGUGAAAUCCAUUAUGAGGAACGAGGGACCGCAGGGCUUCUUCCAGGGCCUGACCACCACCAUAGCCAGAGAGGUCCCCGGUUACUUCUGCUUCUUCGGUGCCUAUGAGCUCUGCCGCACAACCUUCGCAGACUACAUGAAAUGUGACAAAGACAACAUAGGUGUGGCUCCAAUCAUGUUCAGCGGCGGUUUCGGGGGGGCGUGCCUGUGGCUGGUGGUCUAUCCUAUGGACUGUGUCAAGUCUCGGAUCCAGGUCAUGUCCAUGACGGCCAAACAGGCAGGGUUUUUCAAAACCUUCAUGACCAUCGCUCGUACUGAAGGUGUGAGGGCGCUCUACUCUGGUCUUACCCCCACCAUGGUCCGCAGCUUUCCUGCUAACGGCGCCCUGUUCCUGGGUUAUGAGGCCAGCCGGAAGCUCAUGAUGAAGCAGUUUGACAGCUAGAACAUGCGUAACACUAAUGAAGGAGUGGUGAACUGGAAGUGAGGUUUUAAACACUCCAGCUGAAGGGGUGCCUGGUGCAUAUUAUGUAUCAAGACUGAGUUUACAUCUGCAGCCUGAGGUCAAGUCCGCUUAUAGUGUGUACGAUGUGGUUUUUACCAUUUCCUGCCUUUUGUUAAACUUACCAAAAAACUGCCACACUACAUCUCUCGCACCCCUGACAUAGUGUUUCUUCAUACCGUAGUAAUUAAUUUUAUUGAUUUAUGUAUUGUAUUGUAUUGUUUUCAACACUCAAGAAAUGCUAUUGCCAACAUACAACGUGCGCGUGUGUGUGUGGCAAAAUUUAGCAACCUUAAUCAGUGUCUUUACAAGGAAUGGUCACAGUCUAGUUUACUACCUCAACAGCGUCGUAUACGCACGAGAUAUUUUUUUCUCUGCCAGACAGAUCAAAUCAUUCUUCACUUGCUCUGUAUUCAACUACAUGAGUAAGAAAAGCACUCCGUUAGGUCGUGAGGUUAUUGUUGCAAGAAGAGUUUAUAAAAAAAUAUGAAGUGGCAUAUACUAAUUCCAUUAAAUUACCUACAAUGUGAUGUGAUCAAGCUCAGCUAAGAGUGCACCUCUGUUUUGGAUCUUUGGACGCUAAACAUUUGCUUACUCCUCACAGUGGGCAGUGUUACUUUUCAAACAGCCUGGACUGAAGUCUUUAGAGGAUGCAUUAGCCUCAAAGCAAAACAUCCAACACAGCCAGCAGGUGGUUUUACAUUUUUUAAUCAUACUGAAUGUUUGUGCAUUCUCGUGUUAAAUUUCCAUUCCUGUUGUGAUUAAGUUUUCACCCUUUUGGGACCCAGUGUCAGCCUUUGAAAACCACUACACUUUGCCUUUUUUGUUGUGUAUCCCUUUAUUGUUAUGUACAAAUCAGUGAAAGAAAAUAUCAACUGCCUCAUUCAAUGUACCAUUUGCACACUACAUUCUAUGUGCAGUUUAUUUCCCCAGUGCUUAGUAGAUGACAGAAAUAAAUCUCUGUCAUAUUAUUUUAAAGUUAAUUAAGAAAUAUAGGUAUUUUGGAAUGCUAACAAUUUGCAGUAAUACUGAAAUGAUUGUACAGAUAUCAAUACUGCUAUUCAUUGUAGUAAUACAAUCUACAUUAAAGGUGUCAUUGGAGAAUAA